GCAGGUGUAGGGCAAAUAUGGCGUCGGCGGUCCUGGCGCUGAGGGCACGCACAGCUGCCCUGCUGAACCCCCCUCAGGUGGCAGCUCUCGCUGUCAGAUGCGCAUCCAAGAAGACAGGAGGCAGCUCCAAAAACCUUGGUGGAAAGUCACGAGGCAAACGCUACGGCAUCAAGAAAAUGGAGGGUCACUAUGUUCAUGCUGGCAACAUUCUGGCAACUCAGCGCCACUUCCGCUGGCACCCAGGCGCCCAUGUCGGGCUGGGGAAGAGGAAGUGCCUGUACGCCUUGGAGGAGGGGGUAGUCCGCUACACGAAGGAGGUCUACGUGCCCAGUCCCAGCAACGUGGAGGCUGUGGACCUGGUUACCAGACUGCCGAAGGGCGCUGUGCUCUACAAGACCUUUGUCCACGUGGUUCCUGCCAAGCCUGAGGGCAUCUUCAAGCUGGUGGCUAUGCUCUGAGCUCUUGGCUGAGGCUAUUGGACAGAUUGGAAUCCAGUUGACAAGAGGGUGGCACUAGAAGUGAAGAGUUGGGUGCCAACUUGUCCCACGGAAGUCUGAUGGGAAGAUGGAAGUGAUCGACUGUGAACCCUUUGGGAGACCUGCCUUGGGGCCAAAAAUAAAGUUAAUAGGGCUCAUCAA